AUGCCCGCCCCCCGCUCACCACCCGUUCCCUUGAUCGACGCCUGGAACAUUGUCACUGUCUACGCCCCUCGUUCUCCCACAUUCCACUCAUCCCUCACGUCGCUCAUACACGCCCACGACGCCCAAGACGCCCUCCUCCUGCGUAUGGACGACACACGAUAUCUCAAACGUGACAAUUGGUCAAAACACCACACGCAACUCUUGCAGCUCACGUCUAGUCCCGGCUCUGUGUCCCCUGGCAAAUGGCCUGCUCCGAAAUGCACAACGAAAAGGUGGCUUGCCUUGGAUGGGCAAGGACACCGAGUUCAGUUGGUCGAGGUGUCACCGUCUGCGCCUCUAGCGCGACGACCACCACUUCCAGUCCUCCGAGACUCAAGUCCACGACCCCCAACUGUCCAAUGGCUCAUCCAAUGGCUCAUCCAAGAGUCCAAAAACUCCAACAUGCUCUUCCAGCCAGGGGGGUCCCACGUCCUUUCUCCUUCCCCACUGCUCUGGGCGCCCCAAGCACUGGCCUCAAACAAGGGCCAUCCCCCGAGCCAGGGAAGCCAAGAACGACAUGGAGCAGGGGGCGGCGAGCGAACGGCGACGGCGAAGGCCACGAGGGGCGCCGGGGGCACCACCAGGGAGGGCACCCUGACGAAAUGA